AUGCUUUUUAAUGUCUCGGAUCAUUCCCGCGGUGCGACGCUGCCGUGGUGCGACGAACUGCUGGGUCGCGUUGCGGCACGCAGAUGGGGCUCUGCGGCUGUGCUUGUGGAGCCCGGCGUGGCGCGCCGGCCGGCUGGUGCUGCGGUGGAUUGCCCGCUUCUGCGCAUUACGCGUGAUGCGGCGCGAGCGAUGUGCGCUGCUGCUGGUGACGGCAGGAGGCCCUCCAGCGUCUGUCACGGGAUCCUUGCCAGACAGAAUUGCUCUCCGUGUGACGAUGCCCAAACCCACCCCUUUGAUUUUCUUUGUCCCAUUGGCCGGGGCAACUUUGGUACGGUGCUACUUGUACAGAGCCGGGUGCACCCAACGCGUUUUUUUGCAGCGAAGGGUGUGACGCGUCUCCUCGAGUCUUCCCCGUUUGCCGCGACGGAGCAGCAGGAUGGAGACGAGGCCGCGUUGGAGGCGUUGCGCCAGGUCUUCUCUGGCAAGAUGAGUGAACCUGUGUCGCACUUUCCUGCGCUGGGCGAUUUUCUCCGUGAGGCACAGGUGGCCGCCGCUCUUCCCCCCCAUCCUCACAUUGCACGGUCCCACGGUGUAGUCCUGUCACCGUGCGUCAGCAGGCGGGCGGAAGAAGUGGCUCCAUUUCCACUGCAGUGCGCGUCACCACAAGCCGCCGUUGGCGCUUACAUGCUGAUGGACUUGGGUGCUGGUGGCACGCUUGGGGAUUUUUUCCAGCGUCACGAAAUGCACAUUGCGGAGGAAGCACCUGGUGUGUUGGCUCGGGCAGUUGCUCAGGGGGCCUGGCGUG